AUGGUUUUGCAAUUGGCCAAGGAGCCAUCGCAACGUCUUCUGAAACACGUUGUACGUUGCUACAGCCGCCUGUCAGAUAACCCAAGGCAUGUUUAUCAGAAAAUUGUUUAUAGUAUUGUAAAUAUGAAAAGUGUAAAAUCUAUGUUGGAUGUCGAGGCUCUUCAAGCGUUACGGCAGUGUUUGCCAGAUCAACUCAAAGAUGAGACGUUCAGUCGUGUGUUAGAGGAUGACAAAUCAACGAAACAUUGGUUGCAACAACUCAUGAAAAACCUUGGCUUAGCUACAGACUAG